CGUCGUCUAUUUUUGCUGGUACCGUCAUCCACAGCGUUCUCUACCAAUCUCCUGAUGCGAGCUUCUAACUAUCUUGCUGCCCUGUUUGCCGGGCAAAGGAAAAUUCUCGCCCGAGCGUGCAGUAACUGGUUUACUUCCUGCCCGUCAUCAGUGUGCCCUGAUCUAUGGUUGUGGUACCACAAUUCUUGUUGCUGUAUCCAGACCUUAGUAGAUUAACAUAACGAGGGUUGUCUUUACCAUAUAACCCGUCCAGGACCCUCCAGUGAAGACAACAUACCUAGAUUGCCAACUUACUGAUAUUUUAUUAUUUCUUCAAUCCUAUCUUCUUUCACGAUAACCUACUGUCCCUAGCCAAUCAUGUCCAUCCCCGACAUGCAAUGGGCCCAAGUGGUCGAAAAGACAGGCACCCACCCAGUCUACAAACAAAUUCCCGUGGCAAAACCAGGACCAGAUGAGAUUCUUGUCAAGAUACGCUACUCCGGGGUGUGCCACACAGACCUGCACGCCAUGAACGGCGACUGGCCCCUAACCUCCAAGAUGCCUUUCGUAGGCGGCCACGAGGGCGCCGGCAUCGUUGUGGCGAAAGGCGACUUAGUUGACGACAAAGACUUCCAGAUUGGUGACCACGCCGGCCUCAAAUGGCUCAAUAGCUCCUGCCUCUCCUGCGAGAUGUGCAUGCAGUCAGACGAGCCUCUUUGCGCGGACGCCCAGCUAUCAGGUUAUACCGUCGACGGUACGUUCCAGCAAUACGCCAUUGGCAAGGCUGCAUUGGCUUCCAAAAUCCCAAAGGGCGUACCCCUUGAUGCUGCUGCACCCAUUCUCUGCGCAGGAAUCACCGUUUACAAAGGCCUAAAGGAGGCCGGGGUCCGGCCUGGUCAGACAAUUGCCAUAGUUGGGGCCGGGGGCGGCUUGGGCUCUUUGGCACAGCAAUAUGCCAAGGCAAUGGGCCUGCGCACUAUCGCUAUUGACGCUGGGGAUGAGAAGAAAGCCAUGUGCGAAUCGUUGGGAGCUGAGGCCUUCAUUGACUUUAGCAAAUCCACCGACAUCGUUGCCGACGUCAAAGCCGCAACACCAGGCGGUCUAGGCGCGCACGCCGUGAUCCUGCUCGCCGUUGCGGAAAAGCCCUUCCAACAAGCCACCGAGUAUGUGCGGUCUCACGGGUCUGUUGUUGCUAUUGGACUCCCCGCAAAUGCAUAUCUCCGCGCUCCCGUGUUCACGACUGUUGUGCGCAUGAUCAGCAUCAAGGGCAGUUACGUGGGUAAUCGCCAGGAUGGGGCUGAGGCGCUGGAUUUCUUUGCGAGGGGGCUUAUUAAGGCGCCGUUCAAGACGGUGCCGCUGAAGGACUUGCCGAGGGUCUUUGAGCUAAUGGAGCAAGGAAAGAUUGUUGGAAGGUAUGUACUAGAGAUACCAGAGUAAUGCAAUGCGAGGU